AUGUUAUCAACCCUCCCUACUCUUUGGACUGAUCCUGAGUAUUACGGAGAGAAUAUUGGUAUUGGGGGAUUGAAUUAUAUCUCGCUCGGCUUAGGAGCCCUACUAGGCUCCCUCAUCGCCGCUCGUCUAAAUGACUAUGCCUAUGCCAGUCUCAAAGCCCACGAUAGCGGUUUAGGAAAAUCCGAGUGCCGAUUGCCUUUACUCGCUAUCACCAGCAUCUGUUGUUCAAUUGGUCUUUUUAUCUACGGAUGGACAGCUCAGAGCCACCAACCCUGGAUAGCUCCUAACAUCGGCGCAUGUAUCUUCGACCUUCACCGUGGACACACACACGAAAUAUGCAGCCAGCGCAAUGGCUUCGGUAUCAGUUCUGCGGCCGAUAUAUGCUUUUGGAUUCCCUUUAUUCGACCCAUGCUUGUACAACGACCUUCAUUAUGGGUGGGGUACUAG